AUGCUCUCAUCCUUGGAACGCAAAAGAAUUCGCGAGGUUCGCCGGUACUACAAAAGGUCUCCCGAUGAUCCGCCCAUUGCUGGGGAAAAUGUGCCAGCCGAAAGUCCCGAGACUAUCCGUACUUCCUUGCAGAAGCAACAAAGACAUUGGAUUUGUCAGAUUCUUCAAAACAUGACCCAGGCGAUGAUUUAUGGAUGGGUUGUGGAGGAAGUUGUCCCUGAGCCGAAUCAUUAUGCCUGUUUCAGCGUCCCCGAUUUAAUGGCUGAUCCAAGGUUCUGUAACUUGCCUUAUGUUGCAGGAGGGCCGAGAUUCCGAUAUUAUGCAGGAACCCCUUUGAUCAGUGAUACUGGGAUACCAAUUGGAAGCGUCUUUGUCAUUGAUCCAAGACCACGCGAACCAGCAACAAGAGCAGAGAUUGAUUUCCUGGGAUUGAUGGCAAAAAACGUGAUGGAGUAUCUUGAAAUGAAACGAGAAAGUGUGCAAUUGAGACGCAAUGAUGUUAUGUCCAAAGGCUUAGCUGCGUUAGUUGAGGGUCAAAGUAGGAUCCCGCGGCAAGUCGUAACAGAUGUCAUCGUCAAGUACCAAGAAGUUAAUGGGAUUAGCUCGGAUGAAGCCAACAUGAUUAACCCUAACUUGAGGAAUACUAUAAUUGUUACUGACGAUUCUUUAGCUACAGUCGCUGAACAGUCAUUAAACAACAUAGUGGGGCCCCCGCGCUCACUCGUCGGCGAGAACCCAUUAUAUGAUAUCUCACCCAAUACUCCCAUGGGCCCUCUGACGUCGACUGAUGCUCCGGCUAUCCAUGAUCGGAUACUCUCACGAGGUGCCAAUCUACUGAGAGAAUCCCUUGAUGUUGACUAUACGAUCUUCUUUGAUAUGAGUAUUGGCUUUUCAACCAGUGCCGAAAAUGGACAGAACGGAGAAGUUAGAUCACCUGAAAGUGCCACGUUGGAUGCAUCAGAUACAGGCAAUGACUUCACCUCGACCUCCGCUCAUCUUGUUCAAGAAAAUGGUAUCAGUCUGUUGAAUAUAUCUGCGCGGCCUUGCUCGCUAAACAGGAGGACUAAUGAAGCAGGCUCGGCCAAAGUUAGAAGUUUUUCCACUUCGACGUCUUCAUCGCUGGAAGGCAACACAUUAUCCUGUAAAUUGUACAGAGCGCCGAAUGAAAAGGAUCUGCAAAGACUAUCAAAGAGGUAUCCUAAGGGUAAAGUGUGGACAUUCAAUGGCUAUGAUUCCGAAUCUUCAGAAGGAGAAGACUCAUCACCAUAUGAACAAAUGUUUGCUAUGCAAAAUAACCCACAACAGCGCCGUCGAGUCAGAAAGACUGAUCGCAGCAUUAUGAAGCGAUGUUUCCCUGAUGCUCGGGAGGUUCUUUUUGCUCCUCUUUCGGAAGCAGGAACCGGAUUACCAAUAGUGGCUUGCUUUGCAGUAUCACUACGAGACAUAGCGAUUUUCACGUCGGAUACAGAAAAGGCAUUCGUCCGUGGCUUUCUGAAUAGUGUAUCUAUUGAGUAUAAUCGAAUAUCCAUCGCGGCUGCCGACCGUCAAAAGGGAAACUUCAUAUCAAAUAUAUCGCAUGAACUGAAAUCGCCGCUUCACGGCAUACUGGGAUCUGCUGAGCUCUUAAGCGAGACGGGUCUUGACAAUGGUCAAUUCGAACUUUGCUCAACAAUCGAAACGUGUGGACGAGUCCUUCAAGAAACUUUAAUGGAUGUUCUUGAAUACUCCAAGCUGAAAAAGCUAAAGAAAGAUAAAAGAGCUGGAGGAGAGGUUCCGAAUAAGAAUGUAGAUACUUCAGACUCUAAACAAGUAAGUGGCGAAAGCCUUAAUAGCGGAGGCAUGGAUUCGCUACCUCUAGAUCUUGCUAGAAUGUGUGAAGAUUCGGUGGCAAUUGUUGCAGCUGCAUACAUGCAUCACAGAUCGAAUUCGGAACAUCUUCUUUACCGAGUAAUGCAACCUCCAGGAACUACGGACCGGCAAGAUGAUCGGAUGUUAUAUAAAUGUAGCUCCGUCACCGUAUCUUUACACAUAGCCUUUAAUAAUUGGCACUUUUUCUGCUCUCCAGGAUCCGUACAGCGCAUCAUCAUGAAUCUAGUUGGGAACAGUCUCAAGUAUACCUCGACAGGCUUCAUAGAUAUUUCUUUAACACUUGAAUCCGCGAAAAAUGACAACUCCGAGGUAUCGACGACGCCAAAGAUAUUCGGUGAUGAUUUGGUGGUACUCCGAGUUAGUGAUAGUGGCAAGGGCAUUUCUAGUGAAUUUUUAAAGAGCAAGCUUUUUAUAGCCUUUUCUCAAGAGUCUUCAAUAGCGCCGGGUACUGAAGAGACGCUCGAUGUAUUCUUGUCGCAGUUGAUGAAAGCCGGUUCAUUCAAACCUUCGCUUAUAAUAGUGGUACGCUAUGUUUCAAGCCAGGGCCAUACAUCACAACACAGCUCCAUUAUUGGCAUUCCUAUUGAAAGUAUGACGAUACCUUUUGGUCCCUGGAAAUUACUGAAAACGUUGAUCACCUGCCUAUCUCAGAAGAAAGAGCAACUAUCACCAACGACUUUGACCUUAACCAAAAAUCAAUGUUCUUACAACAGCCCUAUGCCACCUCCAAUGGCCGAUGUUCAAAAGGAGCUUGAAGUGUCCAUCACCAGACCGGCUGCUGAUGGAGUAUCCCCUGACAAGCCGCUUGCUGCGCCUCAAAAUUUACCGAACCCUUCUCAACCUACAAUUCUUUGCGUUGAUGACAAUCCUAUCAACCUCCGCAUCCUCAAAACAGGUUUCCGCAAACUGAACUUCGACAUCACGUGUGCGGAAAAUGGAGCUGUGGCGUUUGAUAAGUAUCGUCUUCAACCUAAUGGAUUUGAUCUUGUCCUUAUGGAUCUUAGCAUGCCCGUCUGCAACGGCUACGAUUCUACACGAAUGAUCCGAUGUCUGGAUAAUCUUCAACAGAGUAUCAGUCCAGUACCCUUACCACCAACGCGUAUCGUGGCCCUCUCAGCUGCUUGUUCAGAGAAGGAUAGGGAAAAGGCGAAGGCGGCUGGUAUGGAUGAUUUGUAUAUGAAGCCGAUGAAGUUAGUAUUCAAGCUGGUUGCUGAGAUGGAUUUGGAUCUUGUGAGAGUGAAUCAGGGGAAGGGAAUGGAAUGGAACGGAAAAUUGAUGAUGGUUGAUGGUUAUGGAUGGCGCGCUGAAAUCAUCCUAUUGUUAUUCACAUAUUACUCAAUCUUCAUUUCUCCACUCUUGUCAACCACCAUACAAAGACUUUCAUAUAUCCAAAUCACAUCCCAAAAGUUACACGGCAUCAAAAACAUAAACAUAGUUAACGGGAUUUAA